AUGUCAGGAAACCCUUUUGAGCACUCAGAAUACAACAACAAUCCCUUUGAGGAUUCGAAUCAGAUCCAGGCCGAUGUGCCCCUGACAGACCACGCUGGAAAGGCCGAAGUUGGACAGGAUUACACCUCUUACACCCAGUACGGCGACAACCAGUCAUCUGUCUACCAGACCACCACCGCCGCUCCCAGCAAUGCUGCUGAUGACGCCAAGAACGCCGCCAAGGCCGCCGAGCUUCGCCGUCGGGAGGAGGAGCUCGCAGCAAGAGAGCGCGAGAUUCAGGCUGCCCAGGCAGAGGCCGAGCGUGUCCGCACCCAAGGCAAAAACAACUUUCCCAAGUUCUACCCUCUUAUCUAUAUGUCAAUCCCUGCCGAGAUCCCAAAAGCACACCAGGCCACCGUCAAGUUCAUCUACCAUCUCUGGCUGGCGCUCCUUGGAACGCUCGGCCUCAACUUCCUGGCCUGUAUGCUGAUGCUGUUUGCAGGCAUUCCCAACGGAGCGGCUGACAUGGGAGUCUCUCUCGGAUACUGCUUUACCAUCACUGCUGCCUCGUUCUUGCUGUGGUAUCGCCCCGUCUACAACGCCUUCAUGAAGGAGAUGUCUAUGUACUAUUACUUCUACUUCAUCUUCAAUGGCUUCCACGUCUUGUUCUCCUUCUACAUGGCCCUUGGAUUCCCCUCAACUGGAUCGGCUGGUGUGAUCAACAUGAUCCAGGUCUUCAACGGCAAGCACAUCUUUGCCGGUAUUCUUUGCGUCUUCUCGACCGCCCUUUGGUUUGUCCAGGCCUUUGGCGGCGCGUUCUUCUACCGCCAAGUCCACCAGCACUACAACCAACAGGGACACACUUUUGACCAGGCCAAGGCUCAGGUCACCUCGUCUGCCGUGCGCAGCGAGGCUGUUCGGAACGUCGUAGGAGACCCAUUCAGAGAGGAGAACAUUAACCCCCAGCCUCAGCCAAAGCCAGCAACAGGAGUUGACGCUUACAACGGACGGUUUGUCAAGAGUUUCGGAAAGGAGUUCAAGCCAGAUGCAAACCGAGGCGGGAGUGGUAGAGCAGCGGUGGGUGAGAGCGCUAACCACGCCUCAUCCGUAAAAAUUCGAUCGGUGUUCAUGAGGCGGUCUGCCAUGGAGGUUAAAAGGUCUCGUCUCGACAGUAUGAAGCCUCUCGAACUCUUGCCGGAGUCCGCGCUUGAAGUCUCGUUCGAAGAAAUGUUCCCUGACGUCAUUGGGUUCCCUACUCGUCCAAAAUGGGAUUAUUUGAUGAGCCGCGAGGAGCUCGACAAAAACGAGAAGAGAAUGUUUGACGCUUGGAUGGACUCAAUUUACGACAAAUACCCUGCGGAUGAGCUCAGUUAUUUUGAACACAACCUGGAUGUCUGGCGUCAAUUAUGGCGUGUGCUGGAGAUUUCGGAUAUUAUUAUGAUCAUUGUGGACAUUCGUCAUCCAGUCAUCCACUUCCCUCCUUCUCUUUACCAGUAUGUCGUCAAUGACAUGAAGCGCAAGCUAGUCGUUGUCUUCAACAAGGUUGAUUUGGUGGCGGCCAACACUGUGUUCGCAUGGACUCAGUACUUCCAGGAGCAGUUUCCAGAGCUGCAUGUUGCUACAUUCAGCUGCUACCCGCCAGACCCAAGCCUGAUCAAUGAUUCCAGCACAGCGGCGUUGAAAAAGGUGGCCAAGAGACCAAGACACCGGUACUAUAACGCUGUUGGCGUCAAGGAUGUGUUGAUGGCGUGCAAGGAUGUUGAGGUCUCUAAGCACGGCGCUCAGAUCGAGUGGGACGAAUUGAUUGCACAGUACGACAAGCCCAAGGAUUCAGAGUUCCACGAGAGCGAUGAAGAGCUUGACGGUAUUGAUCAAGGACUCCGGGAGAAGGGCCACAAGUCGUCCGAUGACGAGAGCCUGCUAGUCGAAACUUUGAAGACGGUGAAGGUUGAGGAUGAUGAAACUGUGCCUCACGGCGACUACGUGACAAUCGGUCUAGUUGGUCAUCCAAAUGUCGGAAAGAGUUCGCUCAUCAACAGCAUCAUGGGUCGCACAGUUGUCAGCACGAGCAGGACUCCAGGACACACUAAGCAUUUCCAGACCAUCCACUUGACCCACAACGUGAGACUUUGCGAUUCUCCAGGAUUGGUCUUCCCUAGCUUGUUGCCAAAGCCGCUCCAGAUCUUGUCUGGAAUGUUCCCCAUUGCGCAGGUUCAGGAGCCGUACUCUGUCAUCCAGUAUCUGGCGGAACGAAUCAACAUCCCUCGCCUUCUCAAGCUGGAUCCUCCUCCAACUUAUACGAUUGGACCGUUCCGCUGGAGUGCCUAUGGCAUUUGUGAAUCAUUCGGAUUGAAACGCGGAUUCAUGACGGCUAAAACGAGUUAUGCCGAUACUUAUCGUGCAGCCAAUGCCAUACUUCAAAUGGCUAACGAUGGCCGGAUCUUGCUGUCGUUCAAACCUCCUGGUUACUUUACGAGCACCAAGUAUGAAAAACUGAGGGUCAACGAGGCCGAUGCCGCUGUUGUAAACACCAGCACUGAUGACGAUGAUGACGAGGCCAACAAGGAGGUGCCAAGACGGUUGAGAGGCGAGAGCGCUUAUGAUAGCGACGAGGGUGAAGAUGAGGAGGACGAAGAAGAAGAAGAAGAAGAAGACGAAGAACCCCAGAAGGGGUCCAAGUUUCAAGUCAACUCUCGUGUUGGAGGCUUCUUUGGGCUCUUGCAGGAUGGCGAAGAUGAGGAUGAGUCUGAUUCUGAGGGGGAGGAGGAGGAGGAGGAGGAGAAGAAUGAUGCCUCCAAGUAG